GGAUUUAUGAAAAGAAGUAUCACUAGGUCUCAGAAUGAAGAAUGGAAGAGAAUUCGAACAUUGUUGUCUCCAACCUUCUCCAGUGGAAAACUGAAGGAGAUGUUCCCCAUCAUCCAACAUUAUGGAGAUUCACUGGUGAAACACAUUGGUCAGAAGGCAGAGGAAGGCAAGUCUAUUAACAUGAAAGAGAUCUUUGGAGCCUAUAGCAUGGAUGUGAUUAUUAGUACCUCAUUUGGAGUUGUAGCGGAUUCCCUCAACAAUCCCCAGGAUCCCUUUGUGAGAAACAUCAAAAAGCUUUUAACAUUUGACAUUUUCAUUCCAUUGCUUUUCUCUACAGCACUCUUUCCAUUCCUUAAAGGACUAUAUGAAAAACUGAAUAUCUGCAUUCUUCCAAGUGAUGCUACAAGUUUUUUACAAAAUUUUGUGAAUAAAGCAAAAAAAAAGAUUGAUUGGCAGCACCGAGUGGAUUUUUUUCAGCUGAUGAUGAACUCCCAGAAUUUGAAAAACGUGGAGAACCACAAAGCUCUUUCUGAUGUGGAGAUCAUGGCCCAAUCAAUCAUAUUUAUUUUUGCCGGCUAUGAGACUACAAGCACUACUCUUUCCUUUAUUAUGUAUUUGCUGGCAACUUAUCCUGAUGUCCAAAAGAAACUCCAGCAUGAGAUUGAUUUAGCCCUACCCAAGAAGGUAACAUCUGCCACUUAUGAAACCCUACUAGAUAUGGAAUAUCUUGACAUGGUAGUGAGUGAAGCUAUGAGAUUAUAUCCAGUUGCUUACAGGGUUAGCAGAAUCAUUAAGAAAGAUGCUGAAAUCAAUGGUAUACUCAUUCCUAAAUAGACUGUGGUGAUUAUACCUGUCUUUGCUCUACACCGAGAUCCAAAAUAUUGGUCAGAGCCUGAGGAGUUCCGUCCUGAAAGGUUCAGGAAGGAAAAUAAAGUUAGAAUUAAUCCUUACACAUACCUGCCUUUUGGAUAUGAACGUAGAAACUGCAUUGGCAUGAGGUUUGCUCUCAUUAACAUGAAACUUGCUAUUGUCAAAAUCCUGCAGAACAUUUCCCUGCUGCCUUGUGAAGAAACAGAGGUUCCCUUGAAAUUAGGAAAGACAUUGCUUCUUACUCCAGAAAAACCUAUUGUCCUGAGGAUUAUAUCAAGAAAUGGAAACAUAAAUGAAGAUACACACUUGGUCUUUCUACUGGCAGUAUCAACUGCUCCACCUCCUUUCCUAGAACAUAAAUACUGUGGCUUAGCUUCACAGUUUCACCCCUGGUCUCAGAAGGAGAACUAAAGUCCUCACCUACAAGGAAAAGUCAGAGAGCA